AUGAAGAUUAGCAGUCCGUUUUUGCUCUUGCUGCUUUUGUGCAAGGUUUGGUCAUGGUCUGCAGAGGAUUAUGAGAUCUUUGAGAUCACGGAACAGUUGCAGAAGGACAUGGGUAAAGAUACUGACUUCUACACGUUUUUGGGACUGACCAAAGGUGCAGACUCCACGUUUGAUGAGAUCAGCGCUGCCUACAGAAAGCGGUCGAGGCAAUUCCAUCCUGAUAAGGUGAAGAAAACAGGGUUGAGUAAUUCUCAGUAUAAAAAGGAGAAGAAGUUGAUGGGCGAACGAUACGAGAAGCUCAGUGUGGUGGGCUCGAUAUUGAGAGGAGACAGAAAGGAACGGUACGAUUAUUUCUUGAAAACUGGAUUCCCGAAGUGGAAAGGAACGGGCUACUAUUAUUCCAAAUUCAGACCCGGGUUUCUGGCUGUUCUAGGCUUUUUGUUCGUGUUGGUUUCUGUAUUCCAUUACAUUGCCAUUAAGAUCAACUCCACUCAACAGACGAAGCGCAUUGAGUCGUUGAUAGACGAGAUCAAGAAGAAGGCCUGGGGUGGGUCUGGGAUCCCCCCAGCGGAUAUGUCAGACCGCAAAAUCUUCAAUCCAAACCUCAACAAGACGUUCGUGGUGAAAUUUGACGGAUCGGUGUUUUUGGUGGACGACCCUACUGCUCCAAGUGCGCCAACUUCUGGUGACGGCAUUACCUAUGGUGACGAUGGUAAGGGAAACGUUGUAUACUACGAUGAAGAGGAACAGGCUCGCAGGAGGAAGAAGUUGGCUGCUGCGAGGCCAAAGCAGAACGAGGUUUUGCUCCCCGUUACUCUGGAAGACGUUCAUGUCCCUACCUACCGCGACCUAUUGCCUGUGAGACUCUUGCUAUUUUCAUGGAACUCCUCCGUUGCGAGGUACAUACCUAGCUUGCGAAUUGUGCUUACUGCUCCCAAGAAAGUUCAACAGCAGGCUGAGCCCGUCAAGAAAGCGGCACCCAAGAAGAAGGGUGUUAGAAAGGAAUUGCCCAAUGGAAAGGUGGUGUACAGCCGCAAGAGGUAG